GUGGCGGUUCAUCCGCAAUUAUUGGGCAGCUGCCGCCUCUUCGUCGUCGUCACCGGUCAUAUAGCCUUCUCCGCUUCCCCUCCUCCUCUUGUGAUACUAUGGAUGCCCUGGGAAACGGGGGAGGAUUCUGGUGGUGGCAGUUUUCCCCGCGCGACCGCAAGCACCGUCCCCGGAGGAGGCCCAAUUCCUCCUCCUCUUCCUCGGAGUCGAUCGAUCUCGGCGAGCGUGGGUGGUUUCUCGCCGACUUCCCCCUCAAGCAAGCUUCCAUCGCCGCCUCCCUCACCCUCACCGGUGACACCGUGGCACAGCUUAGGGACCGCUUCCUCGUCCACGCCCGCCGCCCGUCCGAUUCCGAUGACAAGGAAAUAGUUUCAGCACUUUUUUCAAAUCAUGAUUGGCUUCGUGCACUACGCAUGGCUUCCUAUGGGUUUCUUCUUUAUGGUCCAGGUUCUUAUGCUUGGUAUCAGUUUCUUGAUCAUUGUAUGCCCAAGCCAACUUUUGUGAACCUGUCAAUGAAGGUCAUAUUGAACCAGAUUGUACUUGGUCCAUGUGUUAUUGCUGUGAUUUUUGCUUGGAACAAUUUGUGGCUUGGGAAAUUAGCAGAGUUACCAUCCAAGUAUCAAAAAGAUGCCCUUCCUACACUUCUCUAUGGUUUUAGGUUUUGGAUUCCUGUCACUAUAGUUAAUUUCACGGCCAUCCCUCUAUCCGCCCGUGUUGCAUUCAUGUCUACAUGCUCCAUAUUCUGGAACUUCUAUUUGUCAACAACCAUGAGCAAGUAAUCAUCGGAUAAAGCCCUUGGGCAGCAAAUGGCGAUGCUUGCUUCCGUAAUUUGUGGAGUUAAAUGGCUUCUGUGUACUGCAUCUCCAGCUUUUGGUUGAGCUUCGUUUCUGAGUUGCACAAGGGUUGUCAUGCAUCACACCUUCAGAAUUUCCAGACAACUAUGAAGAGUUUCGAGGUUAUUCUAAUCCGUUAUCGUAGUUUCAUCAAGAACAAAGAACAUUCUUUUUCUGAUGUUCAUUUCUUUCUGGUAAUUUGGGGAGUUUUAGUUUGUAGUUCUCAGUUUUCGGACAAUAGCGUUAUGUAUCUCGCUGUCUAUCAGUUGCUUUGUCCUUGUAAGCUCACACCUCCUUAAUCGUGUCCGUGUUCGUUUGUUUUAUAAAUAUAGCCAGUAUUGAUUGCA